GUGAAGUUUGUACUGUUUAAGAGCUGAAAACAAAGCAGUCAGACUUGAGGAGGAUUGAGCAUUGCCUAGAAAUUGAGAUGACAGAGUGUUCAGGGAGGAUGGAGCACUUAGCAUGGCUGAUACUAGCAAUGCUAUGGAUGGCGCAGGCCAUAGAUUCCUGCCCUGAUGUCUGCAAAUGCUCCAGGAAGUCUGGCCGAGAAAAAUCAGAUGUCAACUGUCAUAAGCGGGGGCUUCGAGCUUUUCCUUUCAAAUUGCCUUCUGAUGCUUGGAUUGUUAAACUAGGUGAGAAUGGUAUUACCAACCUGAAGGCAAAUACUCUGAGAUCAAUUCCAAAGAUUGAGAGCGUCAAUCUGGAGAGAAAUGCCAUAAAAUCCAUCCAUCCCCAGGCCUUCUCCGGUGCAAAGCAAUUGAUGCUUCUCAAUCUUUAUGGCAACCACAUAUCCAUUCUUCCACCAAGGGGGUUUCAGGACCUCCUAAACCUCCGCUUCCUCAUGUUGGGGCAGAACCAGAUUGGCAUCCUGAAACCUGAGAUUUUUGCUGGCAUGAGAAACCUGUCAGAGUUGGACCUUACUCUCAAUGCACUGACAGUCCUCCCACCGAAUGCGUUCAAACCUCUGAUUGCCCUCAAAGUUUUGGAUCUUUCCCUCAACCGCAUCCAGAAGAUUUCUCCCAAGGCCUUCAGUGGACUGAGGCAGCUCUUGUUCCUCAACUUGGACAACAACAGUCUGAAGACCAUUCCUUCUGGGACAUUCAAGCCCCUGCAAUCUCUGGAGAUGUUGGUUCUAGACAACAACCUACUAUCUACCCUGACGUUAACAGCUCUGGAUGGCCUGAGCAACUUGCAGGAACUCUACCUGAGGAACAACGAGUUGGAGCUUCUGCCCUCUGACGUGUUCAUCAACCUGCCCAAGCUUUCACAGCUGGCACUCAGCGGAAACCGCCUGAAGACAGUGGAUGGAAACAUGUUCACCCAUAUGCCUGUUCUAAAGAAGCUGUACCUCCAUGACAACCCUUGGCAGUGUGACUGUAACAUUAGCCCACUGGUGCGGUGGAUGGGCGACACCAAGGCCACGCUUUCACCACGGCACAGCCUAAAGUGCGUGACUCCUCAAGAGCUCAGAAAUAAGAGCCUCAGCAGCCUGCAAAUUGAUAAACUGCUCUGUCACACUUAACAGUAUAGAUGAGGAUCACAGCGUGGGUUGGGACUCAUCGAGAUUUUUUUUUUGAGUAAA